AUGCUUUCCUCUAUGCCUAUGCCCACCAAUAUUCCGACCGGCCAUGCCAAAGUCAAUGGAUGUGGCCCGAAAACUGGGGCAACGAACGGAUAUAUCGCCUUACCUAAGGUCACUAUUCCCUCUGGCGGUGCAUGGACGGCUGCCGAAGAAAAGGCCCUCCUGGAACCCUACACCUAUCUGGCCUCUGCGCCUGGUAAGGGUGUUCGAAAGCUCCUUGUUGACGCUCUGAAUGUGUGGCUCCAAGUCCCCACUGAGCAGCUUGUCGUCAUCGCCAACAUCGUAGACAUGCUGCAUCUUUCGAGUCUUAUGAUUGACGAUAUCGAGGAUAGCUCCGAGCUUCGCAGAGGCAAUCCAGCUGCUCAUCACGUUUACGGUGUCCCACAAACCAUCAAUACCGCCGAGUAUGUCUUCGUUCAGGCGAUUGGUGAAGUUGCCAAAUUGCGCGCGACACGGCCGGACAAUGAACAUGACGAACUACAGAACCUGCAUCGUGGCCAGGGGCUCGAGAUUAUUUGGCGGGACUCGUUGAAAUGUCCAAGUGAGGAAGAAUAUAUCGACAUGGCGAAUAAGAAGACUAGUGGUCUUCUACGCAUUGCUUGUCGCCUCAUGAUGGGUUGUGCUACUUCAAACGUUGGCACUGAUUAUGUGCCGCUCAUUAACACCCUCGGUGUUUUCUUCCAGAUCCGUGAUGACCUCUUGAAUUUGGAUGACGACGAAUACACCGCCAAGAAGGGCUUCGCAGAGGACCUAAGCGAGGGGAAGUUCUCUUUCCCUAUUGUCCAUGGAAUCCAGGCCAGUCCUAGUGACAAUCUCAUACUGCAGGUGUUGAAGGAUCGUCCCACGUCGCCGGACAUGAAAAUCCCGGCCAUCAACUACUUGCGCGAUGGGACGCACUCUUUUCAAUAUAGCCGAGUGGUCCUGCAUUCGCUCGAACUACAGAUGAAGGAGGAAAUUGCAAGACUCGGAGGGAAUGAGAAACUCAGUCGGAUCAUCAAACACCUCUCUGUACAGGUCUGA